AUGGGUUCUGAGCGUGAGAACAAGACAUUCCUCGCGCGGCUCUGCGAGCAGGCUGAGCGUUACGAUGAGAUGGUCACCUACAUGAAGGAAGUUGCCAACAUCGGCGGUGAGCUCACUGUUGAUGAGCGUAACCUUCUUUCGGUCGCCUACAAGAACGUCGUUGGCACUCGCCGUGCUUCGUGGCGCAUUAUUUCCUCCAUCGAGCAAAAGGAGGAGUCCAAGGGCUCUGAUGAGCACGUUAACAUCAUCCACGAGUACCGCCAGAAGAUUGAGACCGAGUUGGAGCGUGUCUGCGAAGAUGUUCUCAAUGUUCUCGAUGAGGCUCUAAUUCCCAAGGCUGAGACUGGCGAGUCCAGAGUCUUCUACUACAAGAUGAAGGGAGAUUACCACCGCUACCUCGCCGAGUUCGCCUCUGGAGAGAAGCGCAAGGUUGCCGCUACCGCUGCCCACGAGGCCUACAAGAACGCCACCGACGUUGCCCAGACCGACCUUACUCCUACUCACCCCAUCCGCCUUGGUCUCGCCCUGAACUUCUCCGUCUUCUACUACGAGAUCCUCAACUCUCCUGACCGUGCAUGCCACCUCGCCAAGCAGGCCUUUGACGAUGCUAUUGCCGAGCUGGACUCCCUCUCCGAGGAGAGCUACCGCGACAGCACUCUCAUCAUGCAACUCCUGCGCGACAACUUGACUCUCUGGACUUCUUCGGAUAGCGCUGACGCCGCCGAGGGUGCUGCUCCCAAGGAGGACAAGCCCGAGGAGGCCGCUGCCCCUGCUGCCGAGGAGCAGACUGAGGAGUCUAAGCCCGAGGAGACCGAGGAGUAA